GAACUUAGUCCUGCAGAUGGCCGAGUGGAGUUUUUCAGUGACAGAGUUAAUAUGAACACACUGAGAUUGAAACAUCUCACAGAGAGCGACUCAGCAGAAUAUCUCCUCAGAUUUAAAGUCCCCUACACAGACAGCUCUUCUGUGGUCUCUCUCUCUGUCACAGGCCUGAAGGUGCAAGUGGAACCUGUUGCAGUCACACUGUCAGAGGAACAGACAGUAACAUUGAUGUGUAGCACCACCUGCACUCUGCCUAACAACCCCACUUACAUCUGGUACAAGAACGGACAGCCUCUGUCUCACUGCAAAUCUGCCUCCUGCUCUGUAGCCGUGGUCAGUGGUGGGGUCAGCUACAGCUGUGUUGUUGAAGGCUAUGAUAGCCUACCCUCUCCUCCAGUGUAUUCUCCUAGAAACACAAGAGCCGUGAUCGUUCCCUCUGGAGAGGUAGUGGAGGGAGAGUCAGUGACUCUGAGCUGCAGCAGUGAUUCAAACCCUCCUGUUCUCAUCUACUGGUUUAAGCAGAGAGCAGCUUCAGACGCCCCACUGACAACAGGCCAGAAUUACACCAUCACCAACAUCAGCUCCCAGCACAGUGGACUCUACUACUGCACCGCUCACAACCAGCUAGGACAGCACAGCUCAACACCCACCCGUCUGGACGUGCUAUAUUCCCCUAGAAACACAAGAGCAGUGAUGGUUUCCUCUGGAGAGGUAGUGGAGGGAGAGUCAGUGACUCUGAGCUGCAGCAGUGAUUCAAACCCUCCUGUUCUCAUCUACUCCUGGUUUAAGAGAUCAGCUGCAGACGCACCACUGACAACAGGCCAGAAUUACACCAUCACCAACAUCAGCUCCCAGCACAGUGGACUCUACUACUGCACUGCUCAGAACCAGCUAGGACAGCACAGCUCAACACCCACCCGUCUGGACGUGCUAUACCCUCCCAGACUACCAUCUGUAUCGGAGCAUGUCUCUGGCAGCUCAGUCACCCUUGUCUGUGUCAGUGACUCCAACCCUGCCAGCUCUUACUUCUGGUACAAGAAAACAGGAAGUGACAUCCAACUCAUUGGAAACAGCACCAAUUUAACUUUAGUCACAGGAGCACAUGGAUCUCUCUACUGCAUGGCAAUGAAUCAGUAUGGAUCAUACAACUCAUCGGUGUCGUUAUUUAUAUCAGAUAACACAUCUGCAAAAUAUGCAGCUUCUUCAGUCACUGUGAUUCUCAUACUGACGGUCAUUGCCGCCUUUUUGUGGAUGAGGAGACAAGCAGCAGCUGCCAGCAACAGGAGUGGGGAGAAGAGUGGAAGGGAUGAAUGUGCUCCAGUGUAUGAUAACAUCUCAGCCGUGCCCAUGACUUCUGCUCCCACAAGGACAGCAGCGUCAGAUGAUGAUGAGGAUGAACUUAACUACACCACUGUUCGUUUCACACGCUCUCCCCUGCUAUACUCCACUGUCCAACUGCCAAAUGCUCUUCAACAAGGCAAGGAUGUGGAGUAUGCCACAGUGACCCUUUCUAAACCAAGAGCUCUUCGAAAUCCAAUCUACGGCACAGUCAAAAGAACCUGAGAAGAACAAACUGCUGCAUCGAGCACCAAUCUCUCCAGACUCACCAUAACAAAUAAGCGCAGAUACUCCUCCAAUCAUCAGUACAGCAUUUAAAGUGAUAUUACAAUUAAAAAAACGAAUAUACACUAUGCGGAUGAAAGUCCUGGGACACCUACACAUUACACCUACAGGAGCUUUUAUGGCAUCCUGUUCUAGGCAUUACUAUGGAUUUGAUCCCUCCUUUACAGCUUUAACAGCUUUCACUCGUCUGGGAAGAUUCGGGAGUGUGUCUGAGUAUUGAAUUGAUAUUUUCGACCAUUCAUCUAGGAGAGCAUUUGUGAGGUCAGACACUGGUAUUGGAUGAGAGAACCUGGCUCGAUCACCAUUGAAUUUCCCCCCAAGGUGUUCAAUGGGUUUAAGGUCAGGGCUUUGUGUGGGCCAGCCAGGUUCACCAAAUUCACCUAAUCAUGCCUUUGCUCUGUGUACUGGAGCUCUGUCAUGCUGGAACAGAAAAGGGUCUUCCCCAAACUGUUCCCACAAAGUUGGAAGCAGGCAGUUGUCCAAACUGCUGAAGCAUUAAGACGGACCUGUACUGGAACUUACGGGCCUAUGCCAGCCCCUGAAAAACAACCCCAUAGCAUUAUCCCUCCUCCACCAAACUUCACACUUGGCAGUCAGAAAGGUAACAUUCUCUGGGCAUUUGCCCUUCACUUGAUUUGUCACUCCACAGAAUACAUUUUCCCUGUUAGCUAUUGGGUGUGACUGAAACACUUGAACUCAGUAAUUAGGAGGUGUGUCCCACUACUUCAGUCCAUAUAGUGUAGUUCCCAUAAUCAUAAGGGUUGUUUAGUUUGUCACCUUUUAUGAAACACUGCUCUAAACCAUUGGACCAAAAUUUGCAGAGCAUGUUUAUUAUGUGUUACUGGUUUAGACUUUAUUGCUUUACAAACCUACUACUGCUUCACCUCCACUGUGAUGUACAUUUCUGUGUUGUAUUGAAUGUCACACUGUGUAAUGCUGUUGGGUACCAAACUGAACGACCGUAAUUUAAAUAGUGAUGUGAAAUUCUAGCCUUACUCUUUUCAUAACUGCUAAACUCCAGAUCUACUAUUCAUCAGAUUUUGUAUUUUACUGAAAGGAUUUACCUCCAUGUGGUUUGACAAUAACAUUUAUUAGUAUAUAUAAAGAAAUGUGAUAUUUGUAACUAUAUUAACACCUCUUCAGUACCUUGCUGUCUAAUCAGCUGCUUAAUGAUCAUAUUGGUCUCAAAAGUGUGAGCUCAUUGAUAAAAACAAAGACUUGUCAGCCAGUUUUCUACAUUGCUUCCUCAGAUUAAGCCUAAGCCUAAAUACUGUUGGCACUGCAGUUCAUUCCAGCACCUAAUCUAUGUCUGAAACAUACCUGCCUUGUGAGCAGUUAGAGAUUAUCUACUGUAAUGUAACUGGUAUAUGUAUAAUGUAGAGCAUAUUUCUUAUGAAUGUAUUCUUACACUGAGCAUGUAAUAUAUGACUCUGGGUUUUGUGCCUCUGUGAGGCCUGUGGUAUGUUUGUGUGGUGUUUUUUCAUGGACUGUUGGAGAGUGAUUGUUCCUUGAGAUGGUUUUUGUGACCUGCUUAUCUCAGUCUCCAAAAAGUCCUGCCACAGUCUGCAACUGACACUGGGUGCUGUAACUGUGGGUCUAAGUAAUAGGUGAUUUUGUAGCCCCUGAUUGCUUUUAACAUGCAUAUGAGGGACCCACGUGGACAUCAUUUCUGUUGAAUUUAAGUAGUGAGAUGAUGCUUAGUUAUGUUUGUGAACCAGCCCAAUCGCCUUUAUAUUAUAUUACAAUACAUUCUGCUACGUUGUCUGAGACUGUAUAUUGCAACUGCAAACAUGUUGAUCUGUUGAUAUCAUUUCUCUACUUUUUUUUAUUGUUGCUAGCAUUUCAUCUAUUUUUAUCCAUUAUCUUUUUUCAGGUCUAUUUUUUAUGUUUGUGUAAUUCUGGAAAGUAAGUUUACUAUUAAAUUGUGUGGUUUUUCUGUA